AUGGCCCAACCAGAUGGUCGACUUCCUCAACGCCGCUUUCAAACCAACCUUGACUUGGACCAGAUGCAAUUCAUGCCUGGAGGGAUGUGGCUGAUCACCGCAAGGCAGGACGGUACCAUCGACUACGUGAGGCUCGGGAUAGAAUAUUUACCGACAGAGACCUUUUCUUGCAAUUUGGCGAUCGUGCAAGUCCCCGACUCCAGAUCUGGUCCCGCAAGGAACGAGCAACAGUGGACAUUAGAAGUGUGGGAGGUCAAGGUUCGCCGGGAAAGUGAUAAUUCGAGUGCUCCGCCACAUCUGGAAGCCAGUCGACUCUCAUCAAUCUGGUUGCCCCUCGAGGAUACCACCAAUCGCGCCUGGGUUUACACGUGCUCGUUGUACGCCUCAACCGUUGCCUACGCCAUCCUCCGGGAGGGGAUUUCCCAUUUCGUCUCCAUAUUGGAUUGGAAGGAGAUGAACGGAAGAUCGGACCCCGUGGUGCGGUACAUCACCCUCGAACUCCAUAUCUGCACUUACAUCAGUCUUCUCCCUGACCAGAAGUUGACCACCCUCGUCGAUUGCGAAGUAGGCCUGCACGCUUGGAACCACAUCGAGCCGCACCAGACAUACAACUUGUUCCUGACCUCCCCCACAGAGCCGGUGUCACGAGUCUUCAAGCUCUUCAGCCUGGCCGCGUCAUUUCACAUCCCAUGGACUUCUCGCCCCUAUUACUUUGACGAGUCGACACGGAUCACAGUGUCGACAGGUAGAGAGAUCCUCGGUCUAGUAUUUCCCCGCAAGGAUGACACCUGUCUCCUGAAGCAUGUAUUCGCAAAGACCUUCAGACGCGAGCCAGAGAACCGUGGCCGCUGGGCUUGCUCAUACGACACGGUCGUACAUCGCCGUGCGGAAACACUGUACGUUCGCCUGCAGUGGCCAGAGGACCUCCAUAACUUCAAAGUCGUUCAGCCCUCGAGUAUUGACUCUGAUGACGGUGACGAUGACACGGACGAAUCCCAGGACACAGAUUCUGAAGUCGAGGAGUGGGAGUGGGAGUCACAGGACCAAGACGAAGGAGAUGUUGAUUAUGCGCACCUGUAUUAUGACGAGGUAUCUGGGAAGACGCUAGUGUCUUACCUUCCAGAUACCCGUUCCAGUCGCCUACUUCACUUCCCCCAGUAG